UGCUGAUCCGUCAAUCCGGACUCAUUAUUGGCACACGAGAAUCGGGUCCUUCAUCCCUUUUUACCAAACGUGCCCGUUCAACGACAUAUACAUUACCAUUAACCACUAAAUUUCACAUCCGAUGGGCACUGCUCCUGAGGGGCACAAUGUCUUCUGCUGCGAAAUCCGUGAGGCGGUUACUAAAGAGCAGGUUGUUUAGAGAGUUGGCAAAGCCUGGUGUUGGCGACAGUCGUGGCCUCUCUUGUCUUUCUUCUUCAUCAAUCAAACCCAUUCGAGCGACUCUCUUUCCCGGAGAUGGAAUUGGCCCUGAGAUCGCAGAAUCGGUUAAGCAGGUAUUUUCUGCUGCCCAAGUGCCAAUUGAAUGGGAAGAUCACUUUGUGGGGGACAAAGUUGAUCCUCGAACAGAGAGUUUCCUGACAUGGGAGAGUUUGGAAUCAGUUAGAAGGAAUGGUGUUGGCUUGAAAGGGCCCAUGGCUACACCGAUUGGGAAGGGCCAUAGAUCAUUGAACCUUACUCUGCGUAAGGAACUUGGUUUGUAUGCUAAUGUCAGACCUUGCUACAGCCUUCCUGGCUACAAAACGCGAUAUGAUGAUGUUAAUCUGGUCACCAUUCGUGAAAACACGGAAGGCGAGUAUAGUGGCCUAGAGCAUCAAGUGGUGAGAGGUGUGGUUGAAAGUCUCAAGAUAAUUACUCGCCAGGCCAGCUUAAGAGUGGCAGAAUAUGCUUUCCACUAUGCUAAGACACAUGGAAGGCAAAGGGUGUCUGCUAUCCACAAAGCCAACAUUAUGAGGAAGACUGAUGGACUUUUUCUUAAGUGCUGUCGUGAAGUUGCAGAAAAGUACCCUGAAAUCACCUAUGAGGAGGUCAUAAUUGAUAAUUGUUGUAUGAUGCUUGUUAAGAACCCUGCACUCUUUGAUGUGUUGGUGAUGCCAAAUCUCUAUGGUGACAUCAUCAGUGAUCUCUGUGCGGGCUUGAUUGGUGGCUUGGGUCUAACACCAAGUUGUAACAUUGGCGAGGGAGGUAUUGCACUUGCAGAGGCUGUGCACGGAUCUGCGCCUGAUAUAGCUGGCAAGAAUCUCGCGAACCCUACUGCCUUGUUGCUGAGUGCAGUGAGCAUGUUGCGGCACUUGGAGUUGCAUGACAAGGCUGACCAAAUCCACAAUGCCAUUCUUAAAACAAUUGCAGAAGGAAAGUACAGGACCGUCGACCUUGGUGGCAAUGCCUCCACCACUGAUUACACUAACGCAGUUUGUGACAAUCUUUGAGGCUUUAUGAGCUUGCCUUUGAAUUGGAUAAUUUAUGAUGAUUUGGUUUCUUAUUUCCAAAAUAACUUUUUGUGAUGAAGCCCAAUCAUGUUAGUAUGAUUCUUACCAUGUUUUGAUCAUCGUUCCGCCUCUACUUGACAGAGAGCCAAAAUUCUAAGCAUUUAAUUUUUUUUACUUUGAAUGGACUGAGAGGAAAUUAGAUUGUUUUGUAAAGUUAAAUAAGAUGUUAAUAAGUACCAAGUGAUUGGUUCUGCUCCC